GUAUCACACAUCUUCCUCCAUGAAGACUUCGACAGACAGAACUUUGACUCCGAUAUUGCACUCUUGCAACUGGAAGAAGAUGCCAUGUUAACAGAGCGAGUGCAGUUGGUGGCUGGAUGGGGUUCAGAUGGCACAGGUGUCCUCCCGAAUGUACUGAUGGAAGUGGAGCUCCCAAUUUUAUCUAAUAGAGAAUGUCGUAAAGACACUAUUCUCUUCACAGGGGACCCACACGUCACUCGUACCCUCACUACGAACUUGUAUUGUGCCGGCAUGACCCCCAUUCAGCAUGGAGCCCUCGCAUCCCCGCAUCCUCCGUCUCGCCCCGCAUUUCUCCACUCGUUCGCGCGUGGCACAAGGGAGAAAUCGGACGGGAAGAGAGAAAGGGGAAAAAUGCACGCAGAUGCCACAUGGUCCGUCUCGGAGUUCCUUCAGCGGUUCCUUCUCUGCCAGCCCCAGGUGAGUCAGGUGGCAUUUUCUAAAACUAAAUUCGCCUGUUAA